AUGAAGCGUUCACUCCAGCGGAAUAAAAGGCCGGAAAGCGACUCUUGCGAGGAAGACACAAGUACGAGUACCUCCAGCGACUCAGACCAGGGUGGUGCUACCCCACGAAAACGUCUCCGAGCGGAUGAGAACCUUGUACAUGGGCCAGAAACCUCCUACGAUGCUAAAUAUAUCUACCAGGAUCCGCUGGAUGAAGGCAGAGUCGAUCCCUCUGAGAUCUCGGAGAAUUUUGACAAAGCAGUGGGUACCAUUGAACGACGAGAGCGGAUUGAGAUCCGGUAG